GCUUUACUUUGUGGGAUUCCAAAUAUUCCUGGAACUGGAAUGCUGUUGAUGUGGGACCGAAACGAGAUCUUGUGGCUGAACUGGCAACAGCUGUUAGAAACAGGACUGACUUGCGGUUUGGGUUAUAUCACUCCCUGUUUGAAUGGUUUAAUCCCCUCUUCCUUGAGGAUGCUGCCAGUGUCUUCAAGACAAGAAAGUUUCCAACCAGUAAAUCGUUACCAGAACUGUAUGAGAUUGUGACCAAGUACCAGCCAGAAAUAAUUUGGUCUGAUGGGAACGGAAAUGCACCAGAUACUUAUUGGAACAGCACUGGUUUCUUGGCUUGGCUGUAUAAUGACAGUCCAGUGCGGGACACAGUGGUGACCAACGACCGCUGGGGAGCUGGCAGCAUCUGUACACACGGUGGCUUCUACACUUGCAGCGACCGCUAUAAUCCCGGCCACCUCCUGCCUCACAAGUGGGAGAACUGUAUGACUGUUGACAGGCAGUCAUGGGGGUACAGGAGGGAGGCACAGCUUGACGAUUACCUCACAGCUGAGGACUUGGUGAAGCAACUUGUGGAAACGGUGUCUUGUGGAGGAAAUCUCUUGAUGAACAUCGGGCCCACUCGCGACGGUCGCAUCGCUGUUGUGUUCGAGGAACGCCUGAGGCAGGUGGGCGCCUGGCUGGAGGUCAACGGAGGAGCCAUCUACGGGACGAAACCGUGGAGGGCACAGAACGACACGGUCACACCGGGAGUGUGGUACACUUUCAGCCCUAGAGAAGGCACAGUCAAUGCUAUCUUCCUUAACUGGCCAGCCUCUGGGACUCUGCAGCUUGGCGAGCCACAGGCUAAGCUUGGAGAAACACAGGUGAAACUGAUUGGCUACGAGGAGCUCCUGAAAUGGAUUGCACUGGGGGAAAAGGGAAUGGUGGUAGCUCUGCCCCCGUUAACGCCAAAGCAACUGCCCUGUCAGUGGGGCUGGACUCUGCAGCUGCUGGACGUGAACUGA